CUGGGACACUGGAUCAAGAGAAUGGACCAAGCCUCUGACUAUGGUGCCUCUGAAGCUUUUUCCCUUCAAAAGUCAAGGUAUCCACAGGGGCUUUGUGGUCCUGUGACAAGUUUGGAAACCAUGGAGCAGCUCCAAGAUCACGAUGAGGCCUGUGAGGAAGCCCAGGAGCUGCUCAGUAACUGGAUGAAGUCCAAACUGCAACUGAAGCUGAUGACCGAUGGAGAGGAAGAAUCUGACUCUGUCCUCCUGGAAAAGCCUUCUGAAGCCCCUCUGAAGUAUGAGCAGUUUGAUGACUUUUGCGGCUAUCUGGAAGGUGAAUUGGAAAGUUCUUCUGUCCAAGAAUAUUUACAGCAUCUUUUGCAGAGUGAAGUUGUGAACUGUGCAAUAGUGGAAGGCCUUAGACGUGAAAACACCAAGGAAAAACAACUUGUAGAUCCACGAAUAAUCAUGGAGCUCAGACAUAAGCAGGUGAAAGAAAACCACAUGAGGCAUCAGAAGGCAUUAGCAUUUCACAGACAGGAAGAGUCCCUGAAAAAAUCAGUUCUGUCUGAGGCCAGGCUCCAAGCACAGGAGGAGGACAGGAGGAAGGCCCUGAAGGCCAAGAAGGAGGAGGAGGAGAUCCAGAGGGAAAUGGUGAAGCUGCGAAAGGAAAUGGCUGAGAAGAGGCAUACCAUGGCAGAAGCAUGGAGAAUGGAGCGGAAGAGACAAGAAAAAAGUCAGAAGCAGGAGGUAUCUAGUACUGCCUCACCACCCCUGGUCCUGAAGAAAGAAGAGCAAAGAGAAGAGAAAGAGAGAAGGGCUCAGGAGCUGCUACACAGGAUUCACACCAAUAAGCAGAGAUGCAUGCAGCGCCAUUUCUCUGCUUGGCUGAAAGUCAUUCUGGAGCACCGAAUUAAAAUGGGAAAAGCCAGUGCCUUUGCUGACUGGAAAUGCCAACUGAAGGCCCUGCGAGCAUGGAGAAAUUAUACUUGGGCCCAGAAAGUAGAGCAGGAAACACAGCAAUUGGAACUUCAUCUCCAAGAUCAAAACAGGAAAGAACAACUGUCUGCAGAGCACAACCAGCAACGGCUUUUGCGCAGCUGCUUUCUGGCGUGGCAGCACUGGAGCCAAGCAGAGGCAGAAAACCGAAAGCUGCAGAUCAAGAGGGAGGAGACCAAGAGAAAGAUGGCACAGCUGCUGGAGGCAGUUUCACUGGGGAAGGGUGGUCUGGAGAGGCCACUAGAGGUUAACGAGCCUGGGAUGGCAGAAGUAAAGCAUCACCAACAGUUGCAGCAAGACAAACCAACUGAAACUUGCCUCAUGCAGAAAGAACCUCACCAGACCAGAGACCACUCUUGUUGGGAUGCUGCUGACACAUCUCAUUCCUACAGAAAACCCAAAUUUGCAUGGGGGAUUACCCUAAACCAUGCAGCCCCAAGUGCCCAGGACCAGGCUGUGUACAGGAAUCAAAUAGAGACUCUCCCCCAUCAGUUUCAGGCACCUGGUCCAAAGACAGCUCCUGCUUAUGGCAGCCGUUUUGAGCACCGUCAUGCCUUCCAGCAACGUCUGAUUGAGGAGCAGAGGCAGCAGCUUCAAAAACAACAAGAGCUGAUCUUUGAACUGCAGGAAAAUCAGAGGCUGGGCAGAGCUAAAGAAAAGGCAGCGCAAGCCACAGCUGUAACCCAGCUGCUUAACAACUCUGCUUUGCAAGCCAGGGAGGAAGAACAGAAGAGGGAAAAACAAUCCAGAAUCAUGAAUACAACCCAUUUGAGUCCACCUCUUUCUCAUGGGCCAGAAAACACAAGGGCAGUGAUGGAAGGCAGGAGACCCUCCAGCCAGCUGGCUUCAAUUCAUCCCAUAGUGAAAGCUAUGGAGGAGAGAGCAACUCAGCGGGCAGAACGGAGGAAGAAACUGGAAGAAGCCAAACAACGAAGACAAGAGGAAAAACUGGCCCAGCUGAAGGCUGAAGAGGAAGCACGACAGAGAAAGGAGGCUGAGGAAAAGGAAGCUCAGCAGGAAAAACGACGGGAGGAGAGAAGGCAGCAGAAGCUGAAAGAGCUGGAGAAGCAGAGGAAGCUGCAGAAAGAGCAACAGCUCCAGAAAAAGGCCAGAGAUCACUAUGAGAAUGUCCUGCUGAGAAAGCUGGGAAUGGUGCCAUGGAAAAAGCUGAAGGAGCAAGCCAAGGAAAAUCUGCUACUGGCACAAAGGCACCACUGCUUGGGCUUGCAGAGAAAAUGCCUGAUGACUUGGCUCCAGCAUACCCAGGAGAGCCUCAUGGAGAAGGUGUCUCAGGCUGAGGAUUUCUACUCCCAUGUGCUGCUGAGACGGGGCUUCAGGAACUGGCUAAAGUAUAUGGAUUAUCUUUCCCAUCUGGAGGAGAGAAUGAGUACCCUCCAUGCAGCCUGCCUUAUGAGGAAGUACUUCUGGGCAUGGUUUGAUCUUACCAUGGAGGAAAAAAGUACCCUAUGGGAGAAACUGAAGAUUGCUACUGAACACAGUAACAAGAGACUCAGGCUGAAUGCAUUCCAAGCAUGGAGACAGUACCCAUUACUGGUGAAAAAGGAAAGAGAGAGAGAGGAAAGGAGAAAUCAGCUACGCAGGAGAGUAGCUGAAAUUCUCCCUGACUUCCAAACAUGA